GAGGGAGGGAAAUUAAUUGAUGAUAUCCGGUUUGGUGCCCGCGGAUUCCUUCCUUCCUCCCUCCGUCGCCGCCUUCUCUUCUCUUCUCUUCUCUUCCCCCGCGAGGCCGCGACGCACUCGGUCGCCGCCGGAUCUCGACCCCCCUCCGCUCGCCGACUUCGCCUCCUCCCCCCCGGAUCUCCACUCGCACCCAACGGAUCUCUCCCUCCUCCGCCUUCUCCGCCGCCACUGGGACGCAUAUAGGUCCAUAGGGGAGAAGAUCCAUAUGAGUUUGUUGUGCUAUGAAAAGGGGCAAAAACUGCGCAGCAAGAAAUUAUGGGCAAAAUUAACAAUAGAAGAAACAGUAUAUUCUUUCAGUCCUGACUCCUGAGUUGAUUUAGGAACAUCACAUAUAGUGAGAAGGUGGCACAUUUUCCAUGGAUAAGGCUGGAGGCAAUCAGGGAGGCAAGGUGUUGAAGAAAGGGAAAAAGAAGCAUGCAAAAGAUGAGCUGGAUCGCCAAAAGCAAGCGGAGAAGAAAAGGCGCCGGUUAGAGAAAGCACUUGCAAACUCGGCUGCUAUUAUUUCAGAACUGGAGAAGAAACGGCAGCAGAAAAGGGAAGAGCAACAGAGGCUAGAUGAUGAAGGUGCUGCAAUAGCUGAAGCAGUGGCUCUUCAUGUUCUCAUAGACGAAGACUCCGAGGAACCCUGCCAUUUGAUGUUGAACAACCUUAGAAUAUGCAACCACUGGGAGGAUUUUGUGGGCUUUGGAUUUGCUCCAGAUUCACAAGGAGUAGAUGCUUAUCCUUCUGGCAAACCAACAAGUGUCUCUCAUGCUUAUGUUCCCCAAUUGAGAUGGACCAAUUGGGGCAUGUCCCAGACAUUUUCAUCAUGGGAGCAAUUGACGGAUUGUGAAGCACCACUCUAUCAAGAAGCACUUGCUCAGUCAGAUAUCCACCCUGGCCCUAUAGCCAUUGUCUCACCAUUGCAGAAGAGGAGGGAGGAUCCAUUUACCAUCCAAGGAGAAGCAGUAGCGGCAGCAUCUUCAGCCACUGAGUCUGAAAGUGGUCAGUGGAACCAACAAUAGGCUGAACAGAAAUACAGAGAGGAUUAUAAACAUACCAAAUGCAUAAUCUGUAUGUAGUCACAUAAGAUGCAUCUUUUUAUCAGAGUGAUACUUAGUUUUUUUUUCUUUUCUUUAGAAACCAAAGUUUGGUAUAGGAAAGCCAUUUUUACUGUUGCAUGUUACGAGUUCAAAGACAAAAAUGUUUGGUGUCAGUUAAUUAUAUAGGUGUUGUAAUGGGCCCUCCUUGCCUUAUUUGAUUGAAAGUGUUUGUGGUGUAAACUGCAUUUUUAGAUGGCCUAGCUAGCUUCCUUGAGAGUUGAGGAGACUAGUGAUGAAUGAUAUGAUGCUUACCUGAUUGUUU